AUGUAAGAAGGAAAUGAUUUUGAAGGAGAGUCUUAAGAUUUGAAUUUAAAUUAAUGUCCAAUUUGUUAAGAAUAAAAAGGAGAUAAUUUUGAAUUAGGAUGUAAACAUAAAUUUUGCAGGUUUAUUUAUAAAUGAAAUUAGAAAAUGUUUAGAAUAAUAUUUAAAUUUAAAGAUUGAUGAAGGAAUAGUAAUGUAGAUAAAUUGUCCUAUUUGUUACUAUGAAAUUUAAUAUGAAGAAGUGGUUUAAAAUAUUUAACAAAAUGAACUUGAUAAAUAUGCCAAAUUUAGAACAUAAUCAUUUGCAGAAAAGGAUCCUACAGUAAGACACUGUCCUAAUAAAUAAUGUGAAUUAUAUGUGUAAUUGGAUACAAAGAGAUGUUAAUGUGGAUAGGAAAUAUGUAUAGAUUGUGGUAAUUAAUACCAUGGAAUGAGCAGUUGUGAUGAAUUGAUGGAUUCAAUAUUUGUUUUGGAUAGUAGAUAAGAAAAGAUUUAAAGAUGUCCAAAAUGUAAAAUUAUAGUUCAAAAAGAAGGGGGAUGCAAUCAUAUGACAUGUAAGAGAUGUUAAUAUUAAUUUUGUUGGAUUUGUAGAAGAAAAUAUACAGGUAAAAUAAUAUAAUAAAAUUUAAGCAAAACAUUAUAAUUAAUAUAACUAUUUUUUUGGAUGUCCAAAUAAAUAAUAUUCAAAUACUAUGCCAUGGAGAUAUCCUAAAUUAUAUAAAUUUAUGCCUUUUAUUUUGUUAGUAUUAAUGUCACCUAUUUGGAUUAUUUUGGGAAUUUUAUUACUUAUACUUCAUCCUUUUGGUGGAUCUUUUUAUUUAUUUAAUCGUUGGGACAAUGAAGCAGCAGUUGGUAGGUAUUUUUAAUAAUAAACUUUAGGAUGACGGGAGUAUAAACUCUAUUAAUUGCUUUCUUUGUUUAUUUUAUUGGAGGAAUAGUCUUAUAUCCCUUUGUUGUAUUAUAUGAAUGCAUUAUGAUACUCUAUUUUUUAGUUAAUAUACUAAUUAGAAUUAUUAAAAGAAGAAGGAAUUUUUGA